AUGUCAGGGAAUUGUUUAAUUGUGUUUGUCAUAUAUUUUAUAUUAGUCUAUGUCGAUGCUUGGAGAGUGUUUCCAUUGCAAAAUACAUCUGCGGUAUUCUACAAUCAAAGAAUACAGCCAACUCCGGUGUUAGGGUACACUUGGCCGAAAAGAAAUUACUCCCAAGGAAAACCGAAAGUGCCAGAAAAUCCUUUCUCAGAAGACCAAGUCCUGUUGUACAAAAUACUCAACUAUACCUCUCAACUUCAGAAGUAUCAUAGAGAUAUCUUAGAAGAACAUGACAAAACGUCAUCUUGA